UUCGCGAAAAAAAAACCGAAGAAAUGUGUGAUUCCGAUAGUGAGGAGUUCGCCAGUGCGGACGAAGACUUUGAAGAGAUUGAACCGGACGAGUUGAAGGCGGCGGUCAGCGAAACUACCGCCUCUGGGGAGCUAAGGUCGACGAAGGCUCGGACGCCUAAAACGAGUGUAACGUCUGACGUGGAUGAAAGAAAGCUCGACACAAAAAAUGAUCAACAUACCUCUGAAAAAGUGGUGCAUUCGGUGCACGAUGAAAUCCCACCUGAACCUCUUCCGAGCGCGGUAAAAAUCGAUGUACUCUUUACACCGUUGGAAGCAGAAAUUAGUCACAAAGACCCACCAGCUCUUCCCGAACCGGAAACAGUUCCGGAACCUACGAUAGAAAAAUCAAACGAAGAGCAAAAAGCCUCCGCGAGCAGUAGCGCUAAAGAGGCACCUCACUACACGACCGAUUCGUCCGUCGAGACCGCCACAUCGAAGCCACGAAAGCUUAUUCUUAAACCGGCACGACCCCAACGAUUGGACGAGCAGACCCCCGAAAAAGAACAACCUCCCAGCGUGCCGAAGGUUGUGGAGCAACCGAAGCCAACCGAGAAACCACAAGCCACGGCGAAUGACGAAGGAUGGGAUGAUUUCGAUGAUGAUUGGGGAGAUUUCAGUGUAGACACGGGAGGUAGUUCGGCUGGGGGGCCGAAAGGCAAGAAGGAACCUAAAACGGAAGCGAAGGCCAGUUUCCGGGACGUGGACAUCGAUGAAGUGGAGAGCAAGUUGCAGGACUUUAUGAUCCACAGAGAUGAUCCUCCGAUAGCGUCGGUGCUCGACCGAGUGGCCACGAGUAGCGGUGGGGCGGCCGGUGGCCAAACUAGUGACGGUCAAUCGUGGACCGGUUGGAAGCCAUCGUGGGGUGGUGCGGCUGUUUCAUUCCUGUCGUCGGCCUCGAAAUCCGUCGCCUCGAUAACGACCAACAUAACGCAGGUGAUCGAAUCGGGCAUCGGUGUGCCGAACCCGGAGGAACUGGCUCGGAGGCAGGCAGAAACGGAGGCCAAACUGCGUGCCGAUGGAUACGUCCCCGAAAGCGAACAGGAGACGAGCGGCACGACGGCACGAAAGCCAUCGGAGGAUCGGUUCGGGUUCGAUCAGCUCGUGUCGGGUGUGACGCAGAUUAGCAGCAAAGUAAUCACGGGCGGGCUGGAUACGCUUGAAGGCAUCGGCAAGAAAACGAUGACCAUCCUGCAGGAGAACGAUCCGGGACUGUUGAACAAGCGCAAGCUGCUCGGUCUCCAACCGACCGAUGGUGUCGUCCUUAGCCAGGUGCUGCGCGAAGCGAAGGCCAAGACGGAGGAGCGCGAACGGAGUUUGAAGCAGAUCCAAAAGCAUCAGUACCGGAAGAAGCUUCACUUCGAGGCGCUCUUCGACGACUACCACGGACUGGUGCAUCUCGAGGCGCUCGAGAUGCUAUCGAAGCAGGCGACGCUGAAGCUCGAAUCGUUGAUGGAGCCGCUGAUGGGGAAAGCACUGGACGAGUUGCAGGAAACGAUGGGCGAGGUGCAGGAACUGUGCGAGCUCCCGGAAAUGGACGUGGAGACGGCCGAUGCCGAUGGGACGCACACGGCCGCCGAGCUGGAGGGAAAACUGCGCGAAACGAUCGUCGAUCUCGAUCCGAGCGUGAAAAUCGAUUUCGGUGAGAUCGUUAAAAGUUGGGCCGAGUACACGGCGUGGCUGGAACAGGGGCCGGAGGGGGCCUCAUCAUGCCAGGAUAUCUUCGAAAAGGCCAUGCAUGCACUCGCCCAAACGACGGCUCUCUGUGUGCUUCGGAUGCACAAGUUGGCCGAAAGCUUGCUCAUCAGCGAGCACCACAGUACGGCCACCGAGGCGGAUGUGCUGGUCCAGCUGACGACGGUGUUCUGCUGGCAUCUGAGCGGCGUGGCAACGCGGUUCGGGACGGAACUGACCCGCCUCAACCAGGAGGACUCUGGCUCUGGCGACACGGACAGUACGCUUGUUACCAACAUCUUUCUGGAGGGUUCCAACAGCACCUCGUACAUUCAGAAUGCGUUCCAGCUUUUCAUCCCGAUACUGCAGCUUGGCGCCGCCUAAAUUGGCCGUUCCGAGAGUGUAAUUACGUUGCGU